AUGAAGGCCCUCCAGCGAGCAAUUCCGGCUUUACGGGUUUCUCGCCUUAGCAGGGAUCUGUUACAGGAAGGGCAACAUGUCCGAUGCGUUCACUCGUCCUAUACGAAAGCUGCUGUUGCACACCCAGUGAACGUGUCUGGCCCUCCACCACAAGCUCCUGCGGGAAGCCCUCUAAAGGAGAAGAGAGCUGCCAUAAAACAAGAGGCUGGGUCGGUGAGCAGCAGUAGGGCCUCUAAACCUAGUCCUCUAAGGAAGAGAUUCUGGAAAGAUGUUCACGUCAAAGAAGCAGCAGGUGGUCAUCAGAUAUACCUGGACAGCCGGCCGGUUCGAACUCCAGAAAAAAAGAUAUUAACGGUGCCUGCUUCAAAACCUCAUGUGGCGCAUGCGAUUGCUCUGGAGUGGGAUCUUCUUAAGACUGCACAGCAUGCAACGAAAUACCAUCUCAUACCGAUGACAUCGCUUACAGGACGGGCUGAAGAUAUAGCAGAUGAGGACUCCCGAGGUGUCACUACGAUUCGAGACGAGAUAACUCGGGUUAUGCUACGAUAUCUAGAGACCGACACACUCCUGAGCUGGGCCCCGGAGAAGGAACCAGAGUACGUUGGACGAAGUGAAGAGAAGCGGGAGACGCUGCGGGAGAAGCAGAUCAAGACAGCUCAGCCUAUUAUUACCUCGCUGGUGUCGACCGUCUGGCCUGGCGUAGAGCUUAAGCCUACUCUCGAUGCUAACAGCAUCAUGCCACUGCCUCAGUCGCAGGAGACGUUAGAUGUCAUCCGGGGCUGGCUGUCGACCCUUUCGCCUUAUGACCUGGCCGGCGUUGAGCGAGCGGGAAUCGCUACAAAGAGUCUUUUGGUCGGUGCUCGGGUGGUGAUCGAAUGGAGCGAGAACUUCCGCCACCUUCGUCCAAGCAAUGCUAGCAGGACGUUUGGCAUCGAGGAGGCCGCGCACGCCUCGAGCCUGGAGGUCAGAUGGCAAACGGAGAACUGGGGAGAAGUCGAGGACACGCACGACGUGGAGAAGGAGGAUUUGCGUCGGCAGCUGGGAAGCGUCAUCUUGCUGGUAAGCGGUCGACGGUAA